AUGGCGUACAAGCUCGCCAUCAACCCAGUUCAUUCUGUCUUAGAUGUGCUGGUGGUGACCGAAGUAAUUAAAUCUGAGACUCAGAAAAAUGAAAUAACAAUACUAUGGAACAAGACUCACAAUGACAAAUCGGAUGUUUGCUUGUACAAUAAAGAUGACAUGUUACUGGAAAUGGGAAAUAUUGAGGUUACCCGAUACCUUUCAAGGGAAAUGCUUCCUACACUUUAUGGCGACAACCAUCAUGAAAUGACAAGAACAGAUCACUGGAUAUCCAUUGCCCUCUUAUUGCAAAAACAAGACAUCGUGGAACUCUUUACCCGCUUGGAUAAUGUGUUAAAAUUACGGACAUGGUUAAUCAGCAAGAGAUUAACAUUGGCUGAUAUUCAUAUGUUUUGCUCUUUGUAUCAUUAUGGAUACAUAAAAGUGUAUGAGAAAGAUUACUGUAACAUAACUAGAUGGUACAAGCAUAUAGAAUCUCUUACUAAUGUCAACAAUGCAAUCUCUAUGAUGAUAAAAAAUUGUCCUCCAAUCUCGAAUCAAAAGCAGACCAAAACAAGGAAACAGGAGGGCAAAUUUAUUAAUCUACCUGGAGCAGAAAUGGGCAAGGUAGUAGUAAGAUUUCCACCGGAAGCAAGCGGCUACCUGCACAUUGGUCAUGCUAAAGCAGCUCUUUUAAAUCAGUAUUAUGCCGAGACUUUCCAAGGGCAGCUUAUCAUGAGAUUUGAUGACACAAAUCCAGCAAAGGAAACUGUGGAAUUUGAAGAAGCUAUAUUGGAGGAUUUAAAAUUAUUGCAAAUUAAUCCUGAUCGUUUUACGCACACCUCGGAUUACUUUGAGUUGUUGCAAGACUGUUGUACUACUUUAAUUAAGACUGGAAACGCAUACGUGGAUGGUACUCCGGCGGAUCUCAUGAAAGUGGAACGCGAUCAAAAGAUGAAAUCUGCAUAUCGAGAUAAUUCUGUUGACGAAAAUCUAGCAUUGUGGAAUGAAAUGAAAUCUGGUACUGAAAAGGGCAAACAGUAUUGUGUCAGAGCGAAGAUCGAUUAUCAAUCAGCAAAUGGAUGCAUGCGGGAUCCAACAAUUUACCGUUGCAAACCUGAACCACAUCCACGUACUGGAGAUAAAUACAAGGUGUAUCCUACGUACGAUUUUGCCUGUCCGAUUGUCGAUUCUAUUGAGAACGUUACUCAUACUUUGCGUACAACGGAAUAUCACGAUAGAGAUGCUCAAUUUUAUUGGAUAAUUGAUGCUUUGAAAAUGCGUCGCCCACACAUUUGGGAAUAUUCACGGCUAAAUAUGAAGUAUACGGUUUUGUCUAAACGGAAGUUGACUUGGUUUGUGAAUGAGGGUAUGGUUGAUGGGUGGGAUGAUCCACGCUUUCCGACAGUGAGAGGCAUUCUGAGACGAGGAAUGACAGUCGAAGGUUUGAAAGAAUUCAUCAUUGCUCAAGGUAGCUCUAAAUCUGUGGUUUUUAUGGAAUGGGACAAAAUAUGGGCUUUCAACAAGAAAGUCAUUGAUCCAAUCGCGAUCAGGUAUACUGCAUUAAAUGAUAAUAACUUGGUAAAGGUUAACGUAAUCGACGCUGAUGACAAAUGGUUGGAGGUACAAAAUCAUCCUAAAGAUUCAUCUAUAGGUUUCAAACAAAUGCGAGUGGGCCGUAAAAUAUUGAUAGAAAGAGAGGAUGCUGAAGAAUUGAUUGAGGGACAGAAUGCAACCUUCAUUAAUUGGGGUAAUUUAAUGAUACAAAAAAUAAAUAAGCAGGCUGGUAAGAUAACGAAUGUGGAGGCUCGAUUGAAUUUGACGGACACCAAUUACAAAAAUACUGUGAAGCUCACAUGGCUAGUUGAAUCGUUACCCAAAUCUGAUCCAGAAAUGGACAAAUCAAAUUUGAUAAAAUGCUACGCCGUUUACUUCGAUCACAUUAUGAGUGUGCCGGUUUUGGACAAAGACAAGGAUUUUAAAGACUUUGUUGCUAAAGAUACAAGGAAAGAAGUUCCAAUGCUGGGCGAAGUGGAACUGAAGCGCGUGAAAAAGGGAGAGAUAAUUCAACUUCAGAGGAAGGGAUUCUUUAUUUGUGAUGUCCCGUAUGCACCUAUUAGUCCCUACUCGUCACAGGAACAACCUCUUAUAUUGUUCCAUAUACCCGACGGACAUACAACUACACCUCUUAAAAUACAACCUGGAACCAAUAUGGAACCAGUUAACACUAAAGUUGCAAGCAUUGAAAGCAAGACAAAGCCGGAUAAUAAAGAAAUUUGUGAAGCAGAGAAGAUAUCCGAAGAAAUAAAGAAACAGGGCGAUAAAGUACGAAAUUUAAAGAGCUCGAAAGCCAACAAAAGCAUUAUUGACGAAGAAGUCAAGGUUCUCUUAAAUUUGAAAAAUGAGUAUAAAAAUAAAACUGGUCAGGAUUGGAAGCCAACUGAUAGUACUGUAAGCAAGGUAAAAGCGGGGAACAAAGAUAUUUCGAAAGCGGAGAAGAUAUCUGAAGAAAUAAAGAAGCAAGGCGACAAAGUACGAAAUCUGAAGAGUUCGAAAGCUGAUAAGAGCAUUAUUGAUGAAGAAGUCAAGGUUCUUAUAAGUUUGAAAAGUGACUACAAAACUAUGACUGGUCAAGAUUGGAAGCCAACUGAUAGUACUGCAAGUAAGGUAAAGGCGAGGAAUAAAGAUAGUUCGACAGCGGAAAAGGUAUCUGAAGAAAUAAAGAAGCAAGGUGACAAAGUACGAAAUCUAAAGAGCUCGAAAGCUGAUAAGAGCAUUAUUGAUGAGGAAGUCAAGGUUCUUAUAAGUUUGAAAAGUGACUACAAAAAUAUGACUGGUCAGGAUUGGAAACCAACUGACAGUACUGCAAGUAAGGUAAAGGCGGGGAAUAAAGAUAUUUCGACAGCGGAAAAGAUAUCUGAAGAAAUAAAGAAGCAAGGCGACAAAGUACGAAAUCUAAAGAACUCGAAAGCUGAUAAGAGCAUUAUUGAUGAAGAAGUCAAGGUUCUCAUAAGUUUGAAAAGUGAUUACAAAAAUAUGACUGGUCAGGAUUGGAAGCCAACUGAUAGUACUGCAAGUAAGGUAAAGGCGGGGAACAAAGAUAUUUCGAAAGCGGAAAAGAUAUGUGAAGAAAUAAAGAAGCAAGGCGACAAAGUACGAAAUCUAAAGAGCUCGAAAGCCGACAAGAGCAUUAUUGAUGAAGAAGUCAAGAUUCUCGUAAGUUUGAAGAGUGACUACAAAAAUAUGACUGGUCAGGAUUGGAAACCUGCGAGUUUGCCGGAGACAGCAUCGAAAAAGCAAAGUAAGCCCGAAAAAAUGUCGGAGAAAGAAGUUGCGAAAAGCGCGAAUAGUAAAGAUGUAGAUUCGAGCAAAACGGGAACGAGAUUAGGACUGGAGGCGAAAAAGGAGGAAAACUUCAAUGAUUGGUACUCACAAGUUAUCACAAAGAGCGGAAUGAUAGAAUAUUAUGAUGUGUCGGGAUGUUACAUUCUUCGCCCGUGGACUUUUUCAAUUUGGAAGGUCAUAAAGGAGUACAUCGACGAUGAAAUAAAGUCGAUGGGUGUGGAAGAAUGUUAUUUUCCAAUCUUUGUUACUCGCAGCGUGUUAGAAAAGGAAAAGGCGCAUGUAGAGGAUUUUGCACCAGAAGUCGCGUGGGUGACAAAAUACGGCGAAAACGAUUUAGCGGAGCCCAUAGCUAUACGGCCUACCUCGGAAACUAUUAUGUAUCCGGCUUAUGCCAAGUGGCUGAGGUCGGAUACCGAGUUGCCACUUAGGCUCAAUCAAUGGAACAAUGUCGUGAGAUGGGAAUUCAAAGAUCCUAAACCUUUUCUACGUACUAGAGAGUUUUUGUGGCAGGAGGGUCAUACCGCGUUUGCUACUAAACUCGAAGCGGAGCAAGAAGUGUUGCAGAUUUUAGAUAUGUACGCUAGAGUUUACGAGAACUUAUUAGCGGUGCCCGUUAUCAGGGGCAGAAAGACUGAAAAGGAAAAAUUCGCAGGUGGCGAUUAUACCACAACAGUCGAGGCAUUUAUUUCUACUAAUGGUCGCGCGAUACAAGGAGCGACGAGCCAUCAUCUAGGACAAAACUUCUCGAAGAUGUUUAAUAUCCAGGUGGAAGGUAAAACGAACGAAAAGAUGUUCGUUUAUCAAAAUUCGUGGGGUUUAACUACCCGAACGAUUGGAGUCAUGAUAAUGAUACAUGGUGACGAUCAAGGUUUAGUGUUACCCCCGAAUGUGGCACCUAUACAAAUUGUUGUGAUUCCGUGCGGUAUAGCCGCAAGCAUGUCUGAAUCAAAGAAACAUGAACUUCUAACCGAAUGCUCCAAGCUGGUCGAACGAUUGAGUAAAGAAGGUAAAUUUAGAGUGAAAGCUGAUUUUAGAGAGAAUCGAACACCCGGUUGGCGGUUCAACCACUGGGAGCUGAAAGGUGUGCCAAUACGAAUCGAACUUGGUCCAAGAGAUUUGGAAAAAAAUCAAGUGACAUUGGUACGAAGAGAUACCUUCCAGCGAAUAGCUGGCAACAAGGACAAUGUGGUUCAGUUGGUUGCUUCAAUGCUGAAAAAUAUGCAAGAGGAAAUGUUAAUGAGAGCGAGAACAAAAUUACAUGAACAUAUUAAACAAGUAGAAAAGUGGAGUGAUUUCAACACCGAGCUCAAUAAAAAGAAUUUAUUAUUGUCACCUUUCUGCGGAGAAUCGACUUGUGAGGACAAGAUUAAGGAAGAUAGCUCAAGUGAGAACGCAGAGAGCGGAUCAUUAAUGGGCGCUAAGAGUUUGUGUAUACCAUUUGAGCAACCAAAAUCAUCAGAAGAACGCCUCAAGGAGCUAAAAUGUAUUCACCAUAGUUGCAAAAACAAACCGAAGUUUUAUACACUUUUUGGUCGUAGCUAUUAAUCUACAAAAGUAGGUUGUUAUACAACAUUUACUUAAUUUGAUUGAGAUUUGUUUAAUAUAUGAAUAAUAGAAAAUUUAUAUCAUUUAAAAUAAUUAAAAAUCUACUGUUUUUUCUUUAAUCUAUAAAAUUACGUUUUUUAUAAUUCAUAUUUAAAUUUUUGUUUAAUAGCAUGUGCAUAUUUCAAUAAUGUAUAAAUCUAUUCUUAUAUUUUAAUAUUUGUUAUCUGCUCCAACUUUGUCUAUUUUAACUCAAUUUUUAUAUAUUUUUUUAAAUAUCUCA